AUUAGGGAGCUGUCCUCCCUCAGAGCUGCAUGGCUUUCUCCGUCUACCUGGAAUGGUUAGCUCAGCAGUAGGAUCUGGCUGGAGCUAGACCAGCUGGGAGCCAGGCUGCCUGGGUCAAGCAAGCUUGAUACCCUCAGCUCUACAUGAUGCCAACAUCAAGGGUAGCCACUGGAACUUUCCAUACCUCCAUGAUGUGCCCCUUUGUUUCUGGCCACCCCGUAUGUUCACUAGGGACUCACUGAUCUUGUGGGCAGGGAGUUAAGGGUCCAAGGAGGUUGAGCUCAGCCUAUGACCCACUUAACACUUUCUGCCUUUGGGUGGGGAAAAGGGGGACAAAGGGAAGAUGAAUGGUCCCACCUCUUGCAGCUGAAACGCUCCAGCUCAGUUUACACUGCAGGCUGCAGCCAGGCCUUUGAAGCAGGGACCUCCCAAUGUCAUGAGGCUGUGGCUCUGCCCUGCUAUCAGGAGUGCUGUCGAGCUUCAAACUCGGGCAGCUGCCUCCAGCUGGGUGGGAACCUUCACUUCAACCAGGCAUCCCCUGGGGCCACCAGAAGCCCCCUGCACUGGGCCCUGGCUGUGGCUACACUGCUGCUCCUCCACUCUGCCCUGCUUCUGUUCCUGCUCCCCUAGCUGGGCCCAGCAGAGUUCAGGAGUAGCCACCAAGAAGACCCUGUAGGUCCUACAAGCCUUCAGGCUCACCUCCAGCUCUGAUUCCUGUAGUUGCAUCUUUAGAAAAGGGCUUUAUCAAGUCCAUAGCUCUGGGCUUAAGGCUCCUCACUUCUCCCCUUCUAGGGCCUAGACCUGACCACAGAACCCUCUACGGGGGCAGGGCCUUAGCCCUAAUCUCAAGGAGAGAUAGGGUUUGUCUGGAAAAAUAGAAAACCUCCUGCCUGACCCCCACCCAGUGGGAGGACCCCAAAAUCCUACAGGGACAGUUUCUUCAUCAUAAAAAACACCCAGCCCCAUCUACUUUCCCCAGACCCCCACCCCCAGGCUUUGACACUAAAAGCAGGGCUGGAAUUGGGGUUCCUCUGCUUCUCUGCAAUGGCCUGCCCCUUGAUCCUAAGGGUCUGAGUCAAUCCCCUUUCCCCUCAUCCUCCACAUGACUUUGAAACUGAAUUCAAAUAAACUUGAGCUCCAUUUGUACUGUGGAUGUUUCCAGGAAAAGGAAUGGAUUGAGAAGAAGGCAAUGCCUGUUUCUGGAAGGGGCUUACAUAUGCAAAGUUGAACUGGUCAUUAGGACUACCACUUCACUUGAGGAAAGAGGAGGGGACCCUGGUCACAAAUCACAACAGUCACCCCUCUCCCAGCACUGAAGGCCCAUUCCUUCAGUUUGGGUCAAAGCUUGAGAGAAGGUGUAUUUAUUAAAAUAGUUUAUUAAGUAAUUCACUAACUCAGUGGAUAACUGUGUGCCAGAAACUGCUGGUAUGUUGAGGAAAAGGCGUCGUCCUGUCCAAAGGGAGCUUACAGCUUGAUUAAAUGGGUAACAGGCCAAGAGAGAAUGAUAGUAUUCCUUAUCUGAGCUGGGUGAACAAUUACAGGUCACUGCAGUCUUGAACUCCUGGGCUCAAGUAAUCCUCCCACCUCAGCCUCCCAAGUAGCUGGGACUACAGGCAUGCACCACUACAUCCAGCUAAAUUUUUUAAAAAAAUUUUGUAGAGAUGGGGUCUCAAACUCCUGGCCUCAAGUGAUCCUCCCUCCUUAGCCUCCCAAAGUGCCAGGAUUACAGGCAUGAGCCACCAUGCCCAGUCCCUGCACUGGCCCUGUUUGUCCAUCUGAGGUAACCUCCUUAUCUUAGAUGGGAAAACUGAGGCCCAAGGGGAGAAAGGUCUUGGCCAAGGUCAUACAGCCAGGUGGAUCAAGGGAAGGACAUUGCCAGACAGGAACAAUAUCAUACCCUUUACAAAGUGUGUUCACACCCAGUAGCCUUAAACAGCCCUGUGUGAAAGGAGGGCUGAAUGGGGUGGUAUAAGUGGCCCAGGAGUUGCAGUCAGACUUUCAGUGGAGUCCCAGUGUUGCCACCUGCUAGCUGCAAGACUUAAUGUCAAACUGCUUUAAGUUUUUUACCCUCUCCAAGGCUCAGUUUCUCCACCUGGAAAAUGGAUGUAAUGGUUCUUCAUGGUCGGGUUUUCUCUCCAUUUAGCUAGGAGAGGGUAGUUAUUUUAGGGGAAGAGUUUCAGUAGAGGUCUGAGCUCUCUACCCUGGAGUGAGAAGAGCUGAAAUGGAGCUAAGUAGAAAAUAAAAAUGCAUUAUUUUCUUCCCCUAAGAUAAAGUGUGGCCAUUUUCCUUCUGGGCAGGAAGCUCUGGCCCCAUGACUUAGAGGGCUGGGGAUGAGUGUGAGGACAAUCAUUAGAAAACUUUUCUGGAAUAGGAGCCCAGUGUACCCCAGGACCUAAGGGGUUAACGGGAAUGGAGAGGUUCCCCACCCCACGAUUGACUCGGGCAUGCUGGGACUUGCAGGCUGACUGACCCCCCCGUGUGGCGCAGGGGCUGGAGGGAAAUGUAGUCAUUAUCCCAGACCCUGGGGCAGUGGUGUCCCGUGCGCCGUGCGGUGACAGUUCAGGAGUGCCCCCAGAUGGUGAAAUCUACAUCCUUGGCUCAGAUGUGACUGUCCAGCUCGACACAGCGGAGCUUAGCCUCAUCUUCCAGCUACCCUUUGGUUCACAAACCAGGAUGUUCCUCCACGAAGUUGCCAGGGCCUGUCCAGGCUUCGAUUCUGCGACCCGGGAUCCUGAAUUCCUGUGGCUGACUCGGUACAGGCGCCCAGAGCCGGAGCCUGAGCUGCCAACGCCGCUAGAUUGUAACUCGGCCGCAGGUACCUGGCUAGGGUGCGCGACAAUUGGCGGAGGUGGUUCUAACUUUGAUGGUUUGAGGCCAGAUGGGAAGGGACUGCCUAUGGACCAAAACCCCAGUGAUCAAGAUAAACCAGAAAGCUUGCAACCAAGACAGAAUAAAUCCAAGUCCCAAAUUACUGACAUGGUUCGGUCCUCCACUAUCACAGUCUCAGACAAGGCUCAUAUUUUAUCCAUGCAGAAGUUUGGACUGCGAGAUACAAUUGUGAAAUCACAUCUACUACAGAAAGAAGAGGAUUAUACCUACAUCCAGAACUUCAGGUUUUUUGUGGGAACAUACAAUGUAAAUGGACAGUCCCCCAAAGAAUGCCUCCGGCCCUGGCUGAGCGAAGGUAUUGAGGCCCCAGAUGUCUAUUGUGUAGGGUUCCAGGAACUUGAUCUGAGUAAGGAAGCAUUUUUCUUUCAUGAUACCCCAAAGGAGGAAGAGUGGUUUAAAGCUGUGUCAGAGGGUCUUCAUCCAGAUGCCAAAUAUGCAAAGGUGAAGCUCAUCCGACUGGUUGGGAUUAUGCUGCUGUUAUAUGUCAAACGGGAGCAUGCAGCAUAUAUUUCAGAAGUGGAAGCUGAGACUGUGGGGACAGGAAUCAUGGGGAGGAUGGGCAACAAGGGAGGUGUGGCGAUCAGGUUCCAGUUCCACAACACUAGCAUCUGCGUUGUAAAUUCUCACUUGGCAGCCCACACUGAAGAGAAUGCGAGGAGGAACCAGGACUAUAAGGACAUUUGUUCUCGAAUGCAGUUUUAUCAGCUUGACCCAAGCCUUCCACCUCUUACCAUCAGCAAGCACGAUGUGAUCUUGUGGCUGGGGGACCUCAACUACAGGAUAGAAAACAUGGAUGUGGAAAAAGUGAAAAAGCUCAUCGAAGAGAAGGACUUUCAAACCCUGUAUGAAUAUGAUCAGCUGAAAAUUCAGGUGGACAAAAAGACUGUCUUUGAAGGCUUCACAGAGGGUGAGCUCACAUUCCAGCCUACUUAUAAAUAUGAUACGGGCUCUGACGACUGGGAUACCAGUGAGAAGUGCCGUGCUCCUGCCUGGUGUGACCGGAUCCUCUGGAAAGGGAAGAACAUCACUCAGCUGAGCUACCAGAGCCACAUGGCCCUGAAGACCAGUGACCAUAAGCCUGUCCACUCACUGUUUGACAUCGGGGUGAGGGUAAUAAAUGAUGAGCUUUACCGGAAGACUCUAGAGGAAAUUGUUCGCUCCCUGGAUAAGAUGGAAAAUGCCAACAUUCCUUCUGUGUCCCUGUCCAAGCGAGAGUUCUGUUUUCAGAAUGUCAAGUACAUGCAAUUGCAAGUAGAAUCCUUUACAAUUCAUAAUGGACAAGUACCCUGUCAUUUUGAAUUCAUCAACAAGCCUGAUGAAGAGUCUUACUGCAAGCAGUGGCUAAAUGCCAACCCCAGCAGAGGCUUCCUCCUGCCAGAUUCUGACAUUGAGAUUGAAUUGGAGCUCUUCGUAAAUAAGACCACAGCUACAAAGCUCAACUCUGGUGAAGACAAAAUUGAGGACAUUCUGGUUUUGCACUUGGACAGGGGAAAGGAUUACUUUUUGCCUGUGUCUGGGAACUACCUGCCCAGCUGUUUCGGGUCUCCCAUUCAUACACUGUGUUACAUGAGAGAGCCAAUCUUAGACCUGCCACUUGAAACUAUUAGUAAGCUGACUCUGAUGCCAAUACAGACUGAAGGUAAUGGGAGCCAGUUGGAGAGACCCUUGGAAAUCCCCAAAGAGCUCUGGAUGAUGGUUGAUUACCUGUACCGAAAUGCUGUCCAGCAGGAAGAUCUGUUUCAGCAACCGGGCCUGAGGUCAGAAUUUGAACAUAUCAGGGACUACUUGGAUACUGGAAUGAUUGAUAACCUCUCUGCCAGCAAUCAUUCUGUAGCUGAAGCCCUGCUGCUUUUCUUGGAGAGCCUUCCAGAGCCUGUCAUCUGUUACAGCGCCUACCAUAACUGCUUGGAGUGUUCUGGCAACUACACAGCAAGCAAGCAGGUCAUUUCUACUCUCCCCACAUUCCACAACAAUGUCUUCAAAUACUUGAUGGCGUUUUUGCAAGAACUGCUGAAAAAUUCAGCAAAAAAUCAUUUGGAUGAGAAUAUUCUAGCUAGCAUAUUUGGCAGCUUAUUGCUUCGAAACCCAGCUGGUCACCAAAAGCUUGAUAUGAUGGAGAAGAAGAAGGCUCAAGAAUUUAUUCACCAGUUCCUUUGCAACCCACUCUGAGCCUCUCUCUUCCAUUUUACUUAAGGCAGCCAAUUACCAGCCCCACCUGUUUCAGCUCAAGAGCUGUCUUAAGAUAAUUAUGUGAGGCUACUUGGUAGCAAGAAUGGCAGCUGUUUCCUGAGCCUAGUGCCCCGACUAAGUCCACCAUUGGUUAGCACACUCAGUGCUGUGAGUCAUGAAGACGUAGGAGAAAAUCCACCAUAAUAAAACUGACAUUCAAUUAUCAACUUUAGUUAUUUAACACAGAUUGAGAGCUUUUUUUUUUUUUUUUUUUUUUGAGAAGGAGUUUCACUCGUUACCCAGGCUGGAGUUCAAUGGUGCCAUCUCGGCUCACUGCAACCUCCCCCACCUUAGUUCAAGCAAUUCUCCUGCGUCAGCCACCUGAGUAGCUGGGAUUACAGGCACCUGCCACCACGCCCGGCUAAGUUAUUGUAUUUUUAGUAGAGAUGGGUUUUCACCAUGUUGGCCAGGCUGGCUCAAACACAUGGCCUCAGGUGAUUCACCAGCCUCAGCCUCCCAAAGUGUUGGGAUUACAUGCUUGAGCCACCACUUCAGGCUUUUUUUUUUUUUUUUAAUUUAAGAUGUUUUAAAAUAACUACUUGUACUCACCCACCCUACCUCUGGGGCGUAGUUGGUGCCUUCCCUGUAGCCUGGGGUGAUAUCCUCACGAUCAGAUAUUUGAAGGAACUUUGGAGUCCUGAAAGGACUAUGACUUGGACGGCAAGAAUGCAGGCAGAAACUGCUGGAUAAAAUAGACUACAGCCACCCCAGAUACUUUCAGUGCUGGGUCUGAGGAUAUGUGUAUAUGCACAGGCAAACUCUACCCCCAUUCCUGCUCAGAUAAUGGCUCGAUAACUCUGAGACUGGCUGCUCAACCUCUAAGGGCAAUAAAGGUGUUUAAAAAAUUAAAAUAACCAGGCGCAGUGGCUCAAGCCUGUAAUCUCAGCACUUGGGGAGAUUGAGGUGGGAGGACUGCUAGAGACCAGGAGUUUGCGACCAGCCUGGGUAACACAAGGAGACCUCAUCUCUACAAAAUAUUUUUGAAAAUUAGCUGGGUGUGGUGAUGCAUGCCUGUGGUCCCAGUUACUUGGGAGGCUGAUGUGGGUGGAUCACUUGAACACAGGAGUUUGAGGGUGCAGUGAGCUAUGACCACAUCACUGUACUCCAGCCUGGGUGACAAAGGGAGACUCUGUCUCUAAAAAUUAAAUGUAAAAUCACUGAAGAAAUGAGUGUUCAAUGAAACAAGUGGGAUUUUCUGGGUCAGCAAGUCUUCCAAAUUGUAUAUGAUGCAUCCCCUCUCAUGUAAUAUAUUUUAAUGAUAAAUGUAUUUUUAACAGUG